GCACUUCAUGCACUAUUACUACUACAGUCAGUACUGCGUUAGGAGCUGAAAAUGACUACGGAACCUCCAAUGUCCUCCAUCCUGGGGGUGGACUUCAAGCCGGCGCAGAAUAACCCUCUGCACCACACGGGGGUGCUGUCCAGAACACUGCUCAUAGUGAGGAGAGGACAGAGCUUCAGUAUGCAGAUCCAGUUCAACCACCCCUUCAUCAGCGGUAUACACAACCUCAUCUUCACCGUUACUACUGGACAACAUCCAGAGGAGAAAAGAGGAACCAUGUGCAGGUUUGGGCUCCCGGACUUCGUGAAGCGAUCAGCUGAUGCUAAAGCUGUCUGGAGCGUCUCCAUGGAUCAGAAUCUGUCCUAUCUGCAGAUGGGCAAACUAAAUUUAACCAUAAUGCCCCCAGCAGAUGCUCCAGUGGGCAAAUACAUACUUAAGCUCAGCCACUUAGGAGAAGAGAAGGAACUGGGGUCUCUGGUGGUGCUUUUCAACCCGUGGUGCACUGCUGACUGGGUUUAUAUGCCAGAGGAGGACGAUCGACAGGAGUACGUGAUGAACACACAUGGAAUCAUUUACAAAGGGAGUGGAAACUAUAUCACCUCCAUGAACUGGGACUACGGACAGUUCGAAGAGAAGAUGGUACAGAUCUGCCUGACGCUGUUGGAUCUGAGCCAUAAACAUCUCAAAGACCCGGCGGAUGACGUCUCUGCUCGCUGCAACCCCAUCUACGUCAGCAGGAUCAUCAGCUCCAUGAUAAACAGUGAGGAUGACCGCGGUGUGCUGCAGGGCCGUUGGGGUGAUAACUUUGUCGGAGGUACAGCCCCUACUCACUGGAGUGGCUCUUACACCAUCCUCCAGCGCUGGCUCACCAUUGACUGUUACCCCGUCAAGUUUGGACAGUGUUGGGUCUUCGCUGGGGUCAUGUGCUCAGUGAUGCGUUUCUUUGGCAUCCCGUGUCGCGUGGUCACUAACUAUCAGUCUGCCCACGACAACAACAAGAACUUAAUCGUAGAUGUGUACCAUCCGGACUAUGGGGUCAGGGACAUGCCCUCUAAGGACAGUGUGUGGAACUAUCAUGUGUGGGUGGAGGGCUGGAUGAAGAGACCAGAUCUACGUCCAGGAUUUGAUGGAUGGCAAGUCCUAGACCCAACUCCUCAAGAGAAAUCUCAAGGAAUAUAUUGGUGUGGUCCAGCCCCUGUCACAGCCAUUCUCAACGGAAACACAGAUCUGAAAUACGACGUGCCGUUUGUGUUCGCCGAGGUCAAUGCGGACUGCAUUGACUGGCUGGUCAAAAGGGACGGUUCAAAGAUGCAGAUUCACUCGGACAUACACCGAGUGGGCCAGAACAUCUCCACUAAAUCUGUGGGCUCCGACAAACGCUGGAACAUCACCAGCGACUACAAGAAAAAAGAAGGAACUGAAGAGGAGAGAGCUGUCUUUAAAUACGCCAUCACCCGAGAUUACACCAAAUCUGAUGAUGACACUGAUGAAGACUCAGAAGAGGCUGGGGACAAUGCAAACAACAGUAACUCAACAACAGAAAACAGACCUCUAGUGAAUGGGAAUGGUACAGGCCACGGUACAUCCAAUGGAAGCACCGAGAGUGACAUCAGGGACGGUCAACCUGCUCCACAAGUCACCAUGACAUUUAAAGAGGUCUCCAAACCACUGAACGGUGAAGAUGUUAAAGUGAAUUUGGUGCUCCACAGUGACGCCUCAGUGUCCAGACCUCUGACCAUCAGCAUCACUGUGACCGCCAUGAGUUACAAUGCCACCCCUCUGUCCAUUAUACUGUGUGAGCUCAAGAAGGAGACGCUGCUGCCCGGGAAAGACCUGAGUGUCCCUGUAGUAGUGCCCUUCGCUGAGUACUGGAAGCCCAUGCUGGACAGUGACGUGAUGAAGGUGUCUGCUGUGGUAUCAGACGAUGCCAUCCCAGGUCAGGUGUAUCUGGCAGAGAGCGACGUGGUGCUGCUCGACCCGCCCAUAGACAUCAGGUUGCUGACCAGUGCUCGGGUGUAUCGGGAGGUGCUCCUGGAGGUGUCCUUCUGGAACCCAGUGAAUGAGACUCUGAAGGAGUGUACUCUCACUCUGUCAGGAAGCGGCCUGUGGACAGAGGAGCAGAACUUCAGUCUGCCGGAUGUAGGUCCCAAAAAGAAAGUGAUAGUGAAUGUGCGAUUUUUCCCCUAUAAGUCUGGAGUGCACACUUUGGUGGCGGACUUUGACUGUUCUGUGUUCAGGGACAUCAAGACCAGCUUCAGAGUCCCUGUGAAAGACAGCAUUUUCUACAGAUUCUAAUCCGCCUGUCAACAUAAAUGUGCACUAAUCUAAUCAGUACAACCUGCAUUCAAGAGGAACUAUUACACUUCUAUGGGGUAUUAAUUGCUAACACAUAACACAAAUGAAAAUGCUGGAUUUCUUGAAAACAACAUCUUAACAUGUUUUAUAAGUUUCACUUCCCCUUUCUUCCCUUUGCUGUCUGUGCUAAGUCACUCCCCUUUCAGAGCACUAUCACAACACAAUCAGCGUGCAUCCUGCCAAUUAAUCUAUAUCAUCAGAUUUGUAAAGUUGUUUUACAGUUUUGUAUCAUGCUUUUGUAUAUUUAUGGAGGAUUGUUGUGUGGGAGCAUGGGUGACGUAGGCUUGUGGGUGGAGCACUGGGUAGCUGUACUGCAAAUCAUAAGGAGGGUUUGAAUAAGGUCCAGGAGAGAUUUCUAAAUUACUCAAACGUGCAUGGAUGACAUACAAAACAAAAUUUGGCAUGUUUUUAAUGAGAAACAACAUCAUAACAUGACAGAAAGCUAAACAAAAAUUUAUUUUAGCAUAAGACAUCCACUUUAACAAAAUCAUGACCUGAAAUCAGCUGUUUUAUAAUUUAUGUGAGUAAAUUUAAGUAAGCCCAGAGUUGAGAAGAAUACUUUGAAAAUUGAUUUAGGUACAGAAUACUAAUGAACUUUGUCUAUUCUAGGGCUGCAGCGAUUAAUUAACUAAUUAUGACUAGUUGCUAUAAAAGUGGUUGUAGUUAUAUUUUGAUAAUUUUAAAUGUUAUUUAGAUGAUACAAACUCUAAAACAUAUAUGAAAAGAUCUUUUUAUAAAAAAGACAUGCAUUGCAUUAUUGCACGGCCUAUAUAACACUAUUUUCUGAUCUAUGUUAUUUCCUCAUCUAAAACAUAAAUGGGGUUUUGUUUUGUUUCAUUCACACAUGUUUACACACAAACCCUGCAUAUUUGGAUAAUUUCUGUCCUGGAAAUCCCAAUCUACUGGCCAAAAGGUAAAAGGUAGCUGUUAAAUUGAAAACUAUGACAUCACAAGGUGGAACAGUGUUUUGAGCUUUGGAGAUACAGACAGACUAAUAACACAGGAUUACUCAAACAUGUGUGAAUCAAAUAACACAUCUGCAAUAGAGACAAACUGUUAGAUGCUUCAUCUAUUCAGAUAUUGCAUUCGGAAUACUUAGAAUACUUUCACAUUGCGUGAUAUUAUUUUAUAGCGUAAAAACUUCAAAACAUCAGUUUGUUCCACUGUUUGUAAUGCAUGUACAGUAUUUACCACUGGUUUAGAUUUAAGAAGGAAAAAUUGCAGAGUUGCAUUAUAUUGAGUCUAUAAAACAUACAUAGGAUUAAAACAAAAUACAUAGAUUUUUUUUCACUAUUAAAAGAAUAGUGAAAAAAAUCACUAAUCACAUACAUCACUAAUCACAUACAUGUACACAACACGGUGAGCAGUGUUUGCUUUCUAUUUCUCAAAGUGAUACUGUUUAGUUUGAAACUUAAAUCAUAUGAUCAAUUGCCACAGUGUAUAUAUAACUCAAAAAUUUGUAUUCUCAAUAUGUAUUUUGGUACAUGUGCAUAUUUCUAUCUGUAAUGAUUUUAUGUACAUAAUAAAUUCAUUUGGUAAAGAAUAGU